UUGAUUUCAACUUCGCUUCGAAAUUUGAACUGUUGAAAGUUGAACUUGAAUCAGAAUGGUAUUUUUUACCUAAUAUACCUAUUUCUUUUAUGUGAUUAUUGUAUUUUCUACUAUUAAAUCAUGGUAGAACCGAAAACAGAACUCCAGAGAAAUGCGGUUGUUGAGGCUCGUCAAAAGGAGCUGGAUGUGUACCAGCGCGCUUUGGACAUACAAUGGCUCAACAGCCGGAUGGAAGAUGGCCGAAUGGGCCGCUGCCUCGCCCUUAUACAGCGGGAGGCCGAGAUGGAAAAGGAUUUUCAGGAGAGAACAGAUCAUGCAGCCAUAGUCAAUGCAAGAGCAGAGAGAGAAACCAAACUAGGCAUAGAGAUAGCCAAGGUCCGGCGCGAAGAGGUCUGUCAGUUGCUCCGCAGACAUUAUCUGAGGGAACGGGACCCUAGUCUAAAGGAGCUGGCGAAGAAACUACAAGCUGGUUAUGUUUGUAGGGAUAUACAGCAGCAAAUCCUUCAUAACGAGUAUAGGAGGCUGCAGGAAAAGGCAGAAGACGUGCGCUCCAACAACAUACUCCUAAACGCACUAUCAGACGACAAAGACGCUGAAUAUCAAGAGGCUAAAGAGAAGAUGCAACGUACAACACAAUAUUGCAAAGACUUGCAGCAACAGUUGGUCAACAGGCAACGGCAGAAGCAGUGCCAGUAUGAAGACUCGUUGAUUGAGAAGAAAAUGUUAGAGGAUAUUGUUAGGACUAUGUCUGAUGAGGAUAAACGAGAGAUUCAACAAAAACGCGACUUAACCGUGCAGAUGCGUCAUGAAAUGAAAACGUUCAUGCAAGCACGGGAGGCUUGGAAGCAGAAACAGAAGGAGAUGGUCAUCAUCGAGGAACGGAAGAUUGAGGAGCAGAACAAAAUGAUGUCCGAUCGGAGCCUUGCUAUAGUGCAGGAGAGAGAGCGCAAAAUGAAGCUUAAGGAGGAAAUUAAUGAAAAGAUGUCGGCUAAAAUAUUAGCAGACGAGGCUGCCCGCCAAGAACGCACAAACAUAAUAAAACUCCUUCAAGAACAAGAGUACUUAGAGAAGAACUUACAAGACGAUGUCGCCGAGAAGAUGAAGCUCGAACACAUGAGACGCAGCACCAAGGAGGCGCUGACUGAACAGAUCGAGGAGAGGAAGCAAGCUGUUAUUGAUCGAAGGAGGGUAGAAGCACAGUUUAGAAAAGAGACAGAAGAUAAAAUAGCAGCGGACCUAGCUAAAGAACGUGAAGAACAUCAGAAGCGCAGAGAGAAAGGGAAACUGUACUCACAGGAACUGCUGCGGCAGAUACAAGACAAUGAUAAACGCAGGAAACAGGACAAGCAGAUGGAAGAGAGGCGGGCUCUCUACGUGUUCGAGUAUGAUAAUAAGUGGCGCGAGGAAGUAUCGAAAGAACGCGAAAAGAUGAUCGAAGAGCAUGCUCCACAACUCCUCGGCUACCUUCAGGCCGGAGUACUGCAGCAUGGGGACUUACCAGCAGUCCGGGCCGGGGCUGACCAGCGACCUGACCUCAAGACCCUGGAUAUUGAAGGCAUGGCUAAGUCUAAUAGGGCACAUCGGUUUGCUAAAUGUAAUGCUAUGUGUAGGACGCUGAGGGAGUAUUGAAACUGUAGUAUUUAUUUAUUAUGUCAUUCAUUAUUUAUCACGAUAAAUUGAUACAACCAUUAUUAAUAAUAUAGUCGGUUUGAUUAUAAAAUUUCUAUCGGCGUAAUAAAGGCAAUAUAUCAAAGGAGAUAAUACGAAAUGUAUCCCAGGCCCGCUCUUUGUACAUCUAAAAAAGUUUUCAAUUAAUUUAAUUUGGCUUUUUUUGGCUGUAAAUCAAAAAUAUACACUUGAAAUUGCAACACUCAACAAAAGCCAUUAUGGUCGGUAGGGUGAACACUACACGCUGGCAGUUUUACCGCCUGAGAAAGGACGUAGGCUACUUUUUACCCUAUUACAGGAAUUUCUUUCGGGACGUGUGUGAAACGUCAGGAAAUAGGUAGUAGUAGCAGAAUAAUAAAAUUGUGAUCAAAAAUAAAACUCUCAAAACAAAACACUUGCAUGUGUUUGGAAUUAAAAAAUGUAAAGAAUAACAUAUUUGAGCGUUCAUAAAAUAUAAUGAAACUACUGUUCUCUUGAAUUAUAAAAAAAUACAGUAGAAACAAAUGUGGAACGCUUAAAUAUGUUAAGAUCAUGACAAAAUGUUUUCGAAUAUUAUGUGUUUUGUUACAUUGAGAUUUCACAUAUAUGGAGUAGAUUUAUUACACAAACGAUUGAUAAGAUUUGUCUUAAUUUAUUUCAUACCUGCUAGCUAUCGCCUCCGGUGGCACUCCCAGCUCGAGGAACUAUUUCUGUCACCUGAAUAAAACGUAGCCCAUUUACGUCACCAGGGGAGGGUACCACCUAUCUCUGUACCCUGUACCAAAUUGCUUCUCAAUCGGUUCAGUCGUUAUGACGUGUUUGUGUAGCACAGACUGAGUUACAUUCGUAUUUAUAAUAUUAAUUAGAAUAAAUCUAGUUUCAAUACUAAAACUUCAACCAUCUUAGAGAAAUAGUGGUCAGUUCGCAGUGAAAAGUAAUGCGCUAGGGUACAUUAUAUUCUUCUUCAUCAUCAACCAUCAUUAAUAGCCUUUUAACAUAUUUGACGACCUCGUUGGCGCAAUGGUCACUAUGCCGGUCUGCCGUGUUGGUCCCGGGUUCCAUUCCCGGUACGGUCAACAUGUGUGACGAGCAUGCUUGUUGGCUGUGGUCUGAGUAGUUUAUCAGUUGUGUCAGCACCCUUAAAACAAGCUAAUAAAUACCUUACCAUUUGGCUAACCGAUCGUUUGUGAAAGGUGACCAGAUAUUAUUAUUUGACCGGAUUACCUUUAAAGAGAGGUCAGUUCGCACUGAAAAGUUCUGCAACUUCAUAAGAUAAGCACAUAUCAGACAGUUCCAGAGCUACUACAAGUCUAACCUGAAAUUAUUCGUCCAAUAUCGCAGUUUGCGUACCGCAUCGUAUCGCGGCUAAUCGUAGCUUGAAGGCGCGAUGACAUUUAGUCUACUAUAUUAGCAGAAGGGGGUGAAGCGACUUCACGCUGCGUUGAGCCGCGAUACGAUAUGAUACGCGACAGCACAAGACUAUGUAUUUUUUGUAUCCUUGUAUAUUAUGUGAACUAACUUUAUAUGCCCACUGUUGUAAAAUAACCGAAUAUUUUCCCCUUAUUUAUCAAUAGGACUGUUCUAACAGCUGUAAUAGGUCUCCACAGUCCAUAGCUUCACUAUUUGUACUUCUUAAUAAAAAUAUCCAAGACCUUGGUAGCCUUUUCAUCAGGCGUAAAUAUCUAGACCGGUUUCAUUAACUUUCCAAUGUUAAAAAAAACCUGCUGAAACAUAAAAAUGCAAUUUUCAUUCAUUUUAAUGCAUUUUCAUAACGUAUUUUGUGUCUUUUGUAUCUUUGAUAACUUUUGUUAGUGGCAUUAUUUAUUACAUUUUAACAAAUAUGUACUAGUAUUAUUAAUUAUUGAAUGCCUAGUGAUAUUAUUUCUGACUGAUUAAUAUAAAUUAUGUAAGCAUUUAAAUAUUUGCCUAAUGAAAUCUAAAAGACUGACUUCACUGUUUUCAUUUAUGUGUUCCAUGACUUAAUAAAUAUUUUAUUAACAUUA